UUUUUUUCCCUUUUCUUUUUGAAACUUUCCCAGUUUGUCCCGUGUGAAUUGCCAUUAUCAUGUCCUCUGACCUCUCUUUGAUAUAUGGGAGCUCUCUCUAUCUCUGUAACCAGUUGGCCACUUUGGCAGCUAGUGAGAAAUUUUAAUGGGUAUGAAUCACCUGAAUGAGGGUAAACUGACUGAAAGGAUCCUCUAUGGUGACCCUCCAAAGAGCAAAUUCUGACCAGUCUGCCUCCACGCCAUGUGUGCAAUACAGGUAGUGAGGCAGAUAAUUGAUACCUCAUCCUUAAAUUAUGGAUAGGAUAAAAAUAUCAUGCAAUUACACGGGGUGUAUAAUAUCAUGGCUCACAUAUAACAAGUCAAGUUCAGGUGCAUCAUUUUUCAUCAGUCUACGGCUUCAGAAUCAACGGGAUAUUAGCUGUUUUGUUAAAGUUCGCUGUUCUUGGGCUCAAGUUCUGGACUCAAAUUUGGGUGUGUGUCCAUUGCGUGGCGGGCUUCUACUGCAGCCAAAGCCUGGGCUUUUAUCCAAACCCAAACCGCUGGAUUGUUUUCCCUGAAACCAAAUGCCACCCUGAAAUGCUUUUGAACGGGUCACCCCAUCCUUAUCCCAACCCAUUUGUAGAAAUCUAUUCUCUUUCCCUGAUUAAAACAUUUAAGUUAUGUUUGCUUCUCGAAAAAUUGGAGAGAAAAGGGGGAAAAGUAGAAAUAAAAAAUGUAAGAAAAUAAGAAGUUAAGGAAAAUAAAAAAUAAUUUCUUGUCGUAAAAUCUAAUUAACAAAACCCAAAUGAAGGAAAAAGAAGAGUCUAAUUAAAAACCUUGUUAGUAAAAUCAAAUUGACAAACCUUGAAGAAAAAAAGAAUGCAAUAUAUUCAUAUUAGUAUGAUCACAAAGAGAUUUACAUGUUUAAUAUAUUCAUAUAGAAUACUUGGAGAUAAUACAUGUUUAGUAUAUCUAAAAAAUUGAAUCAAUUUUUAUUAGAGUUCUCUUUCUUUUAUAGAGAGUUACAAAGAAAUAUAUAUCAUUAUGGAUUACAGAUGAUCAUCAGAAAGUAAACAUAGUCUUAAUACCAUCUAAACUUUUUAAAAUUUAAAUAUAAAAAUAGUUUUUUUUGUCAACUUAUUCUUUAUAAAUAUAUUAUAUACUCAUGUAUAAUAAAAAAAAGUUAAUAUAUUUUUAAUUACUUCUUAGAAUACUACACAAAAUAUGGUUCAAUGCUUCUCAAAUUUGUCCAAGUUUUGUUCCAGCCAAGUCUCUGAGAUGCCUUAUUGCUUUCUAAUUGCGCUGGUAUUGGGCUCAAUGGCUCGACCUCAAAUUCAAUACAUCCAAGCCCAAUUUCUACUGUGCUUUCCUUUGGGGCCACUGACCAUUUCAUGAACGGCCCACUCUUAUACACUCCGGACCGGCUGUAUCCAUUUUGGGCUUUUACUUGCAAGAAUCAAUUUCAUGAACUGCGACUAAGAUCCCAAGUUCAAUUUGAAAGGCUUCUCAGGGAUUAUAACAAGGGGCGGCUUAUUGGGACCGAGUAAUGUGCUCUAACCGUGUCCAUAUGAAAAAGUCAUUCGACUCACUCCUAUCCCCAACCCAGACUGUAUCAAUUGGGUUCAAUGAUAGUUUCUCCCCGGAACGAAACGCCCACCUAAGCCCUAUCGCGAAUCGAGAAUUGCGGGCGCCCUGUUUGGGAACUCAACAAUUAAACAACAGAAAACCCAUUUUUUAAUUUUAAAAUUAAUAUGUGAUGUUUUAGAAUGUUGUUGAAAAAAUGAAUUGAAAAUAUAAAAGAUAUUUGUAAUAUAAAUGGAAGAAAAUCAGUUAAUUUUUUUAUAUUUAAGAUCAUUUUUAACAACAAUUGUAAAAAAUUAUUUAUGGAAAAUUGUUUUUUUUCUAAACAAGGCCUAUCUUCUCAUAUCAAAUGUAUAAUCCUUCCUUGAACAUUCAUUCUAAGAUAACAAUUAAAAUUAUUUUAUUAUAAGAUAACAAUUGAAAUUAUAUAUAGUGAGAUAUUGAAAAUAAAUACGGCGCAUUACAUUGGACCUGGGCUUUCUGGGCCAGUACUUCAUCCAAGGCUACUUAUAUUCCCGGCACGAACCAUUUCAUCCCAUUCUAGCUCGUAACUAUAAUCACCCCGCAACCAAACACUCCUCAAAACCUCUCACAAACCCUAGCCCUCUCCCAUCCACCUAUAUAUAUGUUGUACAUCAUCCACAACCAUCAAAGACCUAGGGUUUCUAUCUCUCUUCGGCUUCACACUCCUCUCUUUCUCAACUCAUAUCUCUCGAUUCCUGCAAUCAUGGCCGAGAGAGGUGGUGGUGGUGAACGUGGUGGUUUUGGACGUGGUUUCGGCCGUGGUGGCCGCGGAGAUCGUGGGAGAGGUGGAAGGCGCCGCUCUGCCGGACGCCGAGAGGAGGAGGAAAAGUGGGUUCCAGUUACCAAACUCGGUCGCCUGGUGAAGGACGGUAAGAUCCGAACCGUGGAGGAGAUCUACCUCCACUCUCUUCCAAUCAAAGAGCACCAAAUCAUCGACACUCUUGUCGGCCCAAGCCUCAAGGACGAGGUCAUGAAGAUCAUGCCGGUUCAGAAGCAGACUCGGGCUGGUCAGAGGACCCGGUUCAAGGCAUUUGUUGUCGUCGGCGAUGGCAACGGCCACGUGGGUCUCGGAGUCAAGUGCAGCAAAGAGGUGGCCACUGCGAUUCGUGGUGCGAUCAUUUUGGCCAAGCUGUCGGUGAUUCCGGUAAGGAGAGGGUACUGGGGGAACAAGAUUGGAAAGCCUCAUACUGUGCCGUGCAAGGUUACCGGGAAGUGUGGUUCGGUUACGGUGCGGAUGGUGCCGGCUCCUCGUGGUGCUGGUAUUGUGGCCGCUAGGGUUCCAAAGAAGGUUUUGCAGUUUGCUGGAAUCGAGGACGUGUUCACUUCUUCCAGGGGUUCAACCAAAACCCUCGGAAAUUUCGUCAAGGCUACCUUUGAUUGUCUGCUGAAGACUUAUGCGUACCUCACCCCUGACUUCUGGAGGGAGACUCGGUACACAAAAUCCCCAUUCCAAGAGCACACAGAUCUUUUGGCAAAGCCCACCAAGGCGAUUUAUCAGGAUGAUGUUGAAAGGGUUGAGGCUUGAGGAUCUGUUAAGAGGAUUUAAAAUGUUUUGGUAGGACCUUAUGAUAUAGGGUUAAUUGGUCUUGAAUGUCAUCCAUUUUUGUUUUCCGUACUGCGUUGCUUGUUUCUGGAUAUGUUUAGACUGCAUUUUUGAAGUUUUAAAGCUGAACCAGUUUUAUGAUGUUAUUUGUUUUAUAAAAGCCUUGCCUAUAUGAAUAUAUGGGAGGAUGUUGGGUCA